GCCAUGCUCGUCCCUCGGCGUGUAGCCACACUUGCUGACCCUCCAUCCGCAACCAGGCUUCACCUCCCUCAGUGUGUAGCCAUACUCGCCCACCCUCUGUCCGCAACCAGCUUUGACCUCCUUCUUUGCAUAGCCACACUCGCCCGUGUUCAGUCUGCAACCAGCUUUGACCUCCUUCGAUCUGUAGCCACGUUCGCCCACCCUCCGUCCGCAACCAGCUUUGACCUCCCUCUUUGCGUAGCCACUCUCGCCCGUACUUUGUUUGCAACCAGCUUUGACCUCCUUCGAUCUGUAGCCACGCUCGCCCACCCUCCGUCCACAACCUGUCUUCAACUUCCUCUGUGCGUAGCCACACUCGCCCGUCCUCAGUCUGCAACCAGCUUUGACCUCCUUCGAUCUGUAGCCACGCUCGCCCACCCUCAGUCUGCAACCAGCUUUGACCUCCCUCUUUGCAUAGCCACACUCGCCCGUCUUCAGUCUGCAACCAGCCUUGACCUCCUUCGGUCUGUAGCCACAGUUGCCCACCGUCCGUCCACAACCAGUCUUGCCCGAUGAGGGUCUGCCACAUAUUACAGUGACCUAUCUCCGUAUAAUAUGAGGGAAUGGACAUGCAUAAUAUCCCGUAUGAUAUGGGCCAGCAGACCAUGGGCCCAUGAUAAAAAUAUCCUCGACUAUGAUGGAUGGGCUGGGAGGCAAAUUAUUCCCGAUGGAGGCGGGUGGGCCCAUGCAGGGAAUAUAUAGAGUAGAUGAGUGGGCUGAUGUACAUGAAUAUUAGGUAGACGGGUGGGCCGAGGUAGUUGGAUAUUAUGCAGAUGGGUGUAUUAAGGUAGAUGUGUAUGAGAUAGAUGGGUAGGUACUUGUUAUCACAUUCACAGGUGGGCCCAGACACAUAUUAAAUUAGAUGGGUGGGCCGAGGGUAUUAUAAAAUAUUGUAUUAGACGGGUGGGCCCAGACACAUAUUAAUUAGAUGGGUGGGCUGAGGGUGUUGUAUGGGAUGUUGUA